UAGCUAGAGAUUACUGGGUAGGGAACGGUUAUCACGGUAAAGAUGGACACGUCUAUAUACACCAGGAUACAUGCUAGUGAACUCGGGUGAUUCUUAGCUAUGUUGCUUAAGCUCGACCCUCAUUAGCAGAAGACAAAGAUUAAGCCCGUACAAUAUUAAGCCUGUUCUAAUGACCCUGCCACUUCUAGUUUUCUGAUCCGUUUACUUCACAUCCUUGCUCUCACUUGAGUACUAUGGCUCUAAGUUUCAUAACUUUCCCUACCCAGUAAUCUCUAGGUAAUUGAAUGUCGUUGAAAAUGUAAAAAAGAAAAUGUGACUAACAUAGUCGAAAUAAAAAAGGAAAAAAAAUAAUCUUUAUAUUUGGAUGAAGAUAGCGUAGAUGGUAAAUCGAUUGCCUUAUACGCAACUCACCUGGGUUCAAUUCCCAACCCCGCUCAUUGGGUUAGAGAUUUUUCUUACCCCGACAAAGAGGCGCAUGACCUUAUAGUCAAAACUUCUAUAAAAUAUCUAUAUUUUUAAUUUUCUAAGUUUAAAACACAUGAAAUUUUAAAAUUCUGGAUCCGUUUUUUAUAUAUUAAAAUGUUUAAAUCAUUAGUUCCACAUUUUAUAUUUAAAUUAAUUUUAUGGUUUUUGAUUUUCAAUUUUUAUAGCAUUAACUCUUUCAAACCUAAAUGUUUUGCAUUUUGAUGUUAUUUUUCUAAAUUAUUAAUUUAAAAUUUUUUGGACAUCCUAAUCUUCAAUUUUUCAACUUUUUGUGGUGAAAUUUUUCAUGAAUAGUGAAAAACAAUUCAGAUAUACCUAAUAUUUGAAUGCAAAGUAGUUAGGUGAAGUUUCUAAGGAUGGUGACCACAUUGAUGCACGGCAAAGCCAAUGCCUUGGUUGAUAUAGUACAUUAUUAGUGAAGUGUAGUGCGCUCACGUCAGUUCCGACCCGUCCGUUUGGACAAAGAUUUCGGUGUUUUACUCACACUUUCCGAGUUAAUGAAGGUGGAUAAUGAAAAUUACUACUAAAGAGAAUUAUAAACCGGCUGAAGUAAUUGAGCGAGAGCAGAUAAUUGACCCUUAUCCAGAGAAUGAAGGUAAAUAAAAAAUAUUUACCUGAAGAAGAUUCCCCAGUUCAUUGUUCAAUCAUGUCGACUAGUUCAUCAAGCACGGUAUAAUAUAGUACUUAUUACGAGAUUCAACCUUUUAAUACAAUCUAAAAUAAAUCAAUUAUACAUUUCCUUCUUUGAAGCAUGAGGGGUACUUCCAGAUGUUUAAUAAUCUGUAUUCGUAGCAGUAAAUUCAAGUGCAUUUUAAGACGCCCUAGAUAUACGUUCAAUAUGUAUUAACGAUUAGGCGUAACCUUUCCCUCUAUAUAAUUUCUAUAUCAUUAACUGUAGCAAAAUGCAAAAUAGAAAAACCGUGUUUUACCCAAAAGGUAGAAGACACUGCCUAGUCCUCUAAACUCCCUGUUUUGUUUGAUGUGUCAAUAUCGGUAUCAUUAUUACUUGCAGAUUGUCUGGGCUAAUGGUCACACUUAGAUAGCAACAGGCCUUUUUAUUACCGAUAUGACUUAAAAGGGAACGUACCCGUAAACAGAGACUCUUACACUGGUAGAACCAGUUUAUACCGUUAGCUAACACCUUUCUAUUUUUCUAAAUUUAUAGUUUGAGCACUAAAAAUGGAUCCGGAUGAGGCUUGGCAAGUUACCGGGGACGUUAGAUCUCGGCAACAGCAUCUCCUUACAGAGCAAAUAUGGGUGGACUGUCACUUUCGCGUCGGUUCGGAAACAAACGACAAGCUGAUCGGUGCCCAUAAGUUCAUUCUCUGCUUGUCGUCUCCAGUUUUCCAGGCAAUGCUGCGAGGUGGACUUGCUGUCAACGAUGAGACAAUUCACGUGCCUGAUGUCGAACCGUUGAUUUUCGAACGGUUGCUAAAAUACAUUUACACUGAUGAAGUCACGGUUGAAUCGGUGGAUGAAGCAUGCCAAUUGUACUAUGCAGCUGAUAAAUACAUAUUCCCUAUAGUUAAAAAUCACUGCAUAUCAUAUCUAUUGGGGGCUAUUAAAUAUCCAACUGUAUGUCGCAUCUACGAAUUCGCAAAGUUCUACAACCUCUCAACUAUUGUGGAAAAAUGCUUAGAAUACAUUAAAACCUGUACAAAACAGGUUAUAAAUGAUGCGAGUUUCAUGGAGCUGGAACUGAGCACAAUUAUCGAAAUAUUUGAUCAAAAGUAUCUAGCAAUCGAAACUGAACUAGAUUUGUACAAGGCAUUGUCUAAAUAUUCAUCACAUCAUGGAUUAAGCCGACUGAAUAAUCCUGUGGAAGCAAAUACGAACAACAAAAGCAAAAACUCCGAAACUUCAGCCACAAAUGUACAGAUGGAGUCACAAUCUUCCAACGACAAAAGCACCGAAAAUCCAGGACACUCAUCGGAAAUAAUGCAAGCGAAAGUGACUCCCAACUCUGAUCAAAAUUCACCGACCAUUGAUGAUGCACUUCGUCGUAUUCGAUUCCUGACAUUGACUCCGGAGCAGCUGGCUUCUGAAUUGGCAGAAAAUAGUCUUCUUUCGCCUUUGGAGGGGUUCGGUAUUCUGAUGAAUGUGAUCAUUCCCAAUAAGAGCUACCCGAUGCCGGAAGGAUUCAGUACCUCGAGGCUAUCCAGGAAGCCUAAGAAUACUAUAACAUUUCAGCCCCCGACGAUGUAUCCUCCCCCCGCAGUGUAUUUAUCCGGCUACGGAAGGCUGCCUCAUCCUUACUAAUUCAGACGGUUUUAAAAGCUCGAAACUGUCACGUACGUAAGAAGAACCCCAAUGAAAUAAGGGAUUUUUUUUAAAGAAUUUGAUGAUUUUUUUUAGAAACUGAGAGUGAAUGAAUUUGCUUUAAAUAAAGAUUAAUUUGGGAAUUAUUUCACACGUUCUCCGACUCCAAGCAAUAUUCACCAAUAUUUACAAAACUUAGCAUACACAUUCAUUCCAUAAAAAUCAUGGACGGUUAUGUCAACAAUUUAGAGAGGAUUUUCGUUUGAGUUGUGGAUAAUUGAAUUACUUAUGCGAACAUCUUUCGAUCACUUAUUGAUUCUCAAUUGUUUGCAUCCAGAUAGAACAAUAAAAAAAAUAAAUGAAUACUGAAUUCCAAAAUAAAUGAAUACUGAAUUCCAAAUAAUCUAGGGGAGCUUCCAAAUAUAAAGAACAACGAUUCCCCAAGGGCUUCCUGAUCACCCCAUCGGUUUUACAAAAUUGGGAACAGUUAGAUCGAAUAAGGCUUCGUUCCAUAAGAUCCUCACAGGCAUCGCGUUACCACAGCAGUUGCAGUUAAUUGUAUUGUAUUCUGGUUUAAAAUUCACAACUGUACUUGCAAAUCGCUUGCCAAAUCGUAUGCUUCUAUGCGAAUUUUAAAA